AUGUCUGGCAGCUAUACGUCGGACUCUUCUCUGCUCAACAGCACAUUCUGGGUCAAUUUGCUGAGUCAACGAGAUGUCUCGUCUCAAGUCCCAAUCAACUACGUGACGCAGCCUUCAAUCGCGCUUACCGCGGCAUGCUUUGGUGACAACCAAUAUAUCGGAGACGCCGGAUCUCUAUGUCUGUCGGGUCUCUUGACAAUAGGCUAUCGCCGGUUCAUUAUUGAUGUCUACUGGUCCCAUUCGAAUCAAAAUUGGCUACUCUGCCCUGUCGCAAUUCCCUCCAAUUCAACUACGGAUGACUCACCACCGUACAAGCUAGGAAACUAUACUUGCUCUGGCUUAUUUGAUUUAGCGACCAUCACUCGUGUGUUGCGCAGCUACAUUCGGUCUAGCAGCGCGGACAUAGACUCUACGCUUCUGCAUGUCAUCUUCAAUGUACAUGCUGCAGCGGACUUCAACAACCCCGAUCAGCCUGCUCCUGCUCUGUCGAAUGCACAACUCCCAUUUGCGUCUUACCUGCUAGGGGAAAUCGCAAAUAAAGCCCUUAAGGGAUUCAUAUAUACCCCGCCAGAACUGGCAAAAGACCGAAGCAAUCUCAAUGAAUCGUGGUACCAAGGCACCAGUAUUAGAACCACAGUGUUACAGGAGUACUUUACCACGAAUAUCAGUGCCGAUAAAAUUCUAAUCACAUCGGAUGGAUGGCCGUGCCAGGCUUAUUUGGUCAACAAAUUAGCAAAGCGAUUGAUACUUGGACGGGGCACCAUCGACCCUCAGCUACAAGGGUACAACGUUUCUGGCGAUGAUGCAUAUAUGUUCUCGGCGGACUAUAUUGCAAAUGUUAUUGAUGUGUCCACUACAUCCGACGGAAAUGGAUUACAGUCUGGAUGUUUCUACAACCCCCAGAGCACGAAUCUCAAAAACAUCAACAACUCCUGGGCACUGGCAACUCUCGAUGGAAUCAGCCAUAACACGUCAUCAUCUACUGCGCUUUUAUUGCAAAACUACACAGGCUGUGGUAUCUCACCCGUCAUCAACGACACCUUGGGUGGCCAAACAGCAAAUAUCGAAGUUGACCCCUACCGUAACAUGUCCAUAUCAUCAAUGUGGUCAUGGGCGGUAGACGAGCCUCGAAACGUGAGUAGUCUGCCCGGAUUCGAAGAUCUCGGUCCCAACAACGAUAUACUCCGCUGCGCAAUGCUGGAUCCUACCUCGAACGGACGCUGGCGAGCUGGAAACUGCUCGAAUGCAUAUCGAGCAGCAUGCCGAGUAGACAGCGAGCCUUAUUCAUGGGUCCUUUCCGACAGAAAACAAUCAUUCUCCGACUCAUCCAACAUCUGCCCAUCUGGUUCUUCAUUCGACAUACCCCGUACCGGUCUGGAAAACACAUAUCUCUAUCAUACAGCCUUAUCAAGCCGUGACACUACUACACCGAACGAACCGAUAUGGAUAAAUCUGAAUUCAAUCGACGUUCAAUACUGCUGGGUAAUGGGUGGCGCAAACGCGACUUGUAUUUAUAUACCCGACGCGGACAAUGUCGGCAGAAGAACGAUUCUCGUCCCGACCAUCGCAGCGAUUAUCAUAUUGGCUAUCACGGCUUCGACUAUCUUUGUCAAGUGUAAUUCUAAUCGGAGAAUUUCAAGGCGGAAGAGGGUUAAUCAAGGUUGGGAGUAUGAAGGUGUUCCUUCGUGA